GCUCCUUAUCUUAUCUGGGGGGAAGAGUGAAAAGACAAAAGGUUUUGUAAACAUCGGGUACCAAGUUAAAGCUUAAAAGUGUUCAGGCCGAAUGCCCCUGUUGCAUAGAUCCGGGGCGACCAUGUGGUUGCCGGAGGAAGGGUGCGUCUCUCCUCUCUUGGGCCGGGAGUCCUUCUCACCCCUCAGUCUGUGUCCCCAGGUCAGUGGUGACAGGACCACUGGCAUGGGGCAGGGCGUCAGCACCCCAUCUGUACCAGGCCGGACAGUGUGCGGGGCACCUCCUCCCCAGCCUGUGAGGGCACUGGGGCCUCCCGUGUGGGGGGUCAGGGUUGAGCCCUUGACCUGCGACCUCGCCCCCCGGAGAGGGAAGCUCAGGGAUGCGGCAUUCGCUGCUGCAGUCCUUGCAAAGCCGGAUUGGAACUCACGUCUGCCUGUUGGCCGGGCUCGGACUGUCAGGCUGUGUGCCCAGGGGCAGCCAAAGAGCCAGACCCCGCGUUGCGGGUGACUCGCCUGAACGCAUGGCCCGUCGGGUCCCUAAAAGGAGCUUCUGUGCGGUCCUUCCUGUCCCGGGCCACUGUGGAUGUCUCUGAAGAACGGGGUCCGCAGCCCCUCUUCUCUCGAUCCGGAGGUCCUGUCCAUUUUUGUGCCUCCUUUCAUCACUAAGGAGGACAGUCAGAUGGCUGGUGCCCCCUGUGUGACUCUGAGCAAGACCAGAAGGCGCUCCUUCAGAAAGAAGAAGGACAAGCCCAAAACAGAGCCCUGGAAGGGCCUCCCUCCUGAAGACGUUAGUGUCCCCAACGGUGUGGACCUGCUUGCCCUGCCUCAGCUCUGCUUCCCAGGGGGCAUGUACAUGGCCUCGGAACCGAGGGAGGACAGUGUCCACUUCCUGGUGCUGACCGACGUCUGUGGGAACAGAACAUACGGCGUGAUUGCCCAGUAUUACCGACCCCUACACGACGAGUCGUGUUUCUACAACGGCAAGGCGCACUGGGAGCCGUCCUGGCCGACCGCAGGCAUGGCUGGCUGCUUCGUACCCUUCGCGGUGUGCGUGGUCUCCAAGCUCCCCUAUUACAACGCCCUCAAGGACUGCCUGUCCUGUUUGUUGACUCACCUGAAGCUCUGUAAAGAUUUUGAAGUUGACAAUCACAUAAAAGAUUUUGCUGCAAAACUGUCUUUAAUACCUAGCCCGCCGCCUGGACCGCUUCACUUGAUAUUUAACAUGAAGCCGCUACAGAUCGUGUUUCCCUCCCGUGCGGACCCUGAGAGCCCGCUCAUCGACUUGGACCUUCACCUGCCCUUGCUGUGCUUCAGGCCCGAGAAGGUGCUGCAGAUCCUAACGUGCCUCCUGACGGAGCAGCGGAUCGUGUUCUUCUCCUCCAACUGGGCCCUGCUGCCCCUGGUUGCCACGUGCUUCCUGGCCUACCUGCACCCCUUGCAGUGGCAGCACACCUUCGUGCCCGUCCUGUCGCACCAGAUGCUGGACUUCAUUAUGGCGCCGACGUCCUUCCUCAUGGGCUGUCACCUCGACCACUUUGAAGAAGUCAGCAAGGAAGCUGAUGGUCUAAUUCUGAUCAAUAUCGAUAACGGGAGCGUCACCUGCUCUAAUGACGAGGACUUCGAUGUCCCGGACGUCCCCCUGCUCGCGGCACAGACCUUCAUUCAGAGGGUCCAGAGCCUCCAGCUGCACUACGAGCUGGACCUCGCACACCUGGGCGCCAGCAUGGACCUGAACGAGGGGCGCGCCCGCAGGCGGGCCUGGCAGCAGAAACUCAACUGCCAGGUGCAGCAGGUGGCCCUGCACCUGCUCUUCAGCAUCUUCAGGGAGGUGAAGAACCACCUAAAUUACGAACACAGAGUGUUUAAUAGUGAGGAGUUUCUCAAAACCAGGGCUCCGGGGGACCAGCAGUUUUAUAGACAGGUGUCGGAUACCUACAUGUUUCGCUCUUUCCUUAAAGCCCGGCUCAGCGGAAGGAUGGACGCCUUUGCCCAGAUGGACCUCCACCUGCAAUCUGAAGAGGACAGAUUUAACGGGAUGCUGCCAAGUCCAAGAAGACCGACCAUUGAGAAGAUGGCCUCACGGAAAUCCUCACCCCUGCACGUCGCGCACCGGAGGAUGGUGGUCAGCAUGCCCAACCUGCAGGACAUCACCAUUCCCGAGCUGCCGGCCCGGAACUCGUCGCUUCGCAAAGUGGACGCCUCGGAAUGCAGCAGCAGCGGCGUAGUUCUGAGUGUGACCCCGAAGCCGACGUACACGUUCAAGAUCCCGGAGAUCCACUUCCCCCUGGUGGGCCAGUGCGUGCAGGCCUACUACUCAGACUGCGUCGCCCUGCUGAGCAAGGCCAUGAGCCUUCUGGCGCCCGACAGCUCCGUGCUCCUGGCGCGGUACUUCUACCUCCGCGGGGCCGUGCACUUGAUGCACGGGCAGCUGCUGGACGCCCUCCUGGACUUCCAGAGUCUGUACAAAACAGACAUCAGGAUCUUCCCCGCUGAUCUCGUUCGGAGGACGGUGGAGUCGCUGUCGGGCCCCCAGCGUGCCCAGGCCGAGCGGGUGCCCGAGCUGCGGCGGCUCAUCAGCGAGGUGGUGGACAAGCCCGGAGAGGCCCCCAAGCCGGACGACCGCGUGAAGAACUUCGAGCUGCCCAAGAAGCACAUGCAGCUGGACGAUUUCGUGAAGAGGGUUCAGGAGUCGGGCAUCGUGAAGGACACCAGCAUCAUACACCGCCUGUUUGAGGCGCUAACCGUAGGACACCAGAAACAGAUUGACCCAGAAACAUUCAAAGAUUUCUACAACUGCUGGAAGGAGGCAGAAGCAGAGGCCCAGGAGGUCAGUCUGCCUUUGUCGGUGAUGGAGCAUCUGGAUAAGAACGAGUGUGUUUAUAAGCUGUCGAGCUCCGUCAAAACGAAUCGCGGCGUGGGCAAGAUCGCCAUGACCCAGAAGCGCCUGUUCCUCCUGACGGAAGGGAGACCAGGCUACGUGGAGAUUUCCACCUUCAGGAACAUAGAGGAAGUGAGAAGUACCACUGUAGCAUUUCUGCUUCUGAGAAUACCCACUUUAAAAAUUAAAAUGGCAUCCAGGAAAGAAGUGUUUGAAGCUAAUCUGAAGACGGAGUGUGACCUGUGGCACCUGAUGGUGAAGGAGAUGUGGGCCGGGAAGAAGCUGGCUGACGACCACAAGGACCCUCAGUACGUCCAGCAGGCGCUGACGCACGUCUUGCUGAUGGACGCCGUGGUCGGCACGCUGCAGUCGUCCGGUGCCGUCUACGCCGCUUCCAAGCUGUCUUACUUCGAUAAGAUGAAGAGCGAAAUGCCCUCGACGGUUCCAAAGACAACCUCGGAAACCCUGAAGCACAAGAUAAACCCUUCAGCGGGAGAGACUUUCCCACACGCCGUGGACGUGUUGUUGUACACGCCAGGGCAUCUGGACCCAGCAGAAAAAGUGGAGGAUGCCCGCCCCAAGUUAUGGUGUGCUCUGAAUGAAGGCAAAGUGACCGUGUUUGAUGCUUCCUCUUGGACGAUUUACCAGCAUUGCUUUAAAGUGGGCACUUCCAAGUUGAACUGCAUGGUGAUGGCGGAGCAGAACCAGGUGUGGGUCGGCUCCGAGGACUCGGUCAUCUACAUCAUCAACAUCCACAGCAUGUCCUGCAACAAGCAGCUCACCGACCACCGCUCCAGUGUCACGGACCUGGUUGUGCAGAACGGGACGCCCAGCAAGGUGUAUUCGUGCAGCAGGGAUGGGACCAUCCUGGCGUGGAACGUGAGCACCCUGCGAGUGACCAGCAGGUUCCAGCUGCCGGGCGGCAGGCUCUCGUCCAUCAGCCUGCAUGACGGCUGCCUGUGGUGCUGCACCGGGAACAGGAUUGUGGUUGUCACGUCAAGCGGACUGCUUUGUCAAGAACUGAAGAUCGGCGAGAACGUUGGGGACAUCGGCAUGUCCUUCCUCAGUCUCCAACUCCUCCCCGAGCAGGAGCAGCUCUGGGUGGCGUGUGCCGGAUUCAACAGCAUCUACGUCUGGAGCCUGAAGGACCUGACCCGGCGCCCUCAGGCGGUUCACCUUCAGGACUGCUCCGAGGUCAGCUGCAUGAUCACGGUGAAGAAGCAGAUCUGGGUAGGCGGCACAGGUCUGUCACAGGGGAAGUCCAAAGGGAAGAUCUACGUCAUCGACGCCGAGAGGAGGACGGUGGAAAAGGAGCUGGUGGCCCACAUGGACACAGUGAAGACCCUGUGCUCGGCAGAGGACAGAUACGUGCUGAGCGGGUCAGGCAGCGGGGAGGGGAAGAUCGCCAUCUGGAAAGUUGAGUAAACGUGGGUGAACAUGCUGAAAAGGUCUGUGUUCUGCCCCCCUUCCGGUGCCCCCCGGAGAAGGUGGGGUGGGGAGCCAGUCUGGGCCCCCAGUGGGGGCAGGCGGUGUGUCGGACUUUCCUGAUUGAACCGUACCAACAGCCUUUCAGGUUGGGGUGCUUCUCAGGCAGGCAGCUGGAUCAACUUGCUAAUUGGCUCUGCUGUGAAGUUACCCUGUGUGUUGUCUAGAAAGUUCCAGAACCCACGACUAGGGGCCAGCAUCAGAGCCAGAGGGAAGCGAUGUAGCCAAAUCACGUAUGACCGGCAGACCUCAAGUCUCUGGUUUGCAUUUCCUCUACUUCACUCAUUCAAAUAUACAGUAAGCACCAGUUUGCAGGAGACCUACAGCCUUAGGCUGACCUCGUUUCCAGCAGUUUAUGAGAGGAGGUGUUCUUUAAAUGACAUCUUUGUGGUUGAAGAGAUUUGUGCCUGCCCCUUGCUGCGCCUGCUCAGAGCAGGUGACCGAGGAGGGGACAGGGAGGGGACAGCACUGUACUCAGGGUGUCUGGACAGGGGCUGGGCCAGCUGAAGCAAGCUCUGUGUUUCUUUCCUUUAACUAAUGCCAAGUUUUUAUAAUGAAGAAACCUAGAGAGACUUUGCUGCCAAAGAUCACAGAGGAAGAGUUCCACCUAAAAUAGCCCUAUAUAAUCGAGUUUUCUAGUGAAGUUGCUGCCACUCACAGUCCCGUACCUUUCAACCGUCUGCUUCUUGUAUCAUCUCUGUCUCCGUAGAUGGUGCUGUAUUAUUUAACGGAAGAUGAUCUUAUUAGCUAUAAAUAAGUAUUUGCAAAAACAACCUCUUACCCGUUUUUACUGUAAUAUUGAGAUGUCCCUCCCUCGGUGUCCAGCAAGGAAGGUUUUGACGUAGUUACUGGAUGUGGAGGGAGCAUCCCCCUGAUGGCACCGUCUGAGGGCCUGUGGCCUCUCCCCCGACGGACCCACCAUGAGCUCAGCCACAGAUGGGGCUGCUAGACCCUCUGCCCUGGGCUUGUGCCAGGACCUCACUCACCCUGAGAGGUCACAGACGGUGUUCAUCAGGCCCCCAGGACAGGGCCGAGCUCAGUAGCGUCCAGAACCUCCAGAUGAAAGCUUUGACCAGGCCUUGCGUUUGUCUGCAGGACCUAAGCGUUUUGCAGGGUCCAGAUGAUGGACCCGAUUUUGGGGUGUUCUGGGAAUGUGGUGCAGAGAACAGCUAGGUGGCCUUAGGCCCCCGCGACUGUGCUUACGAAGAGGGUGUGCUCCUGACUUCUAGAAGGAAACAAAGGUUGAAUUCUCCUUUUGUAAACACAUGAAAAAUUAGUCAAAUCCUGUCAGAAAUACUCAUAAAUUAUUUCAUGUCAAUCCACACAUAACCAGGUAUUUUCACCUUGUCAAUAAUAAAUUCCUUUGUUUAUUAAACGCUGA